AUAGCAUGGGAGCCUUUCUCGCUAUAUUCGCAGACAGUGAGAGACAUAUGACGUCACGACUUGCAUUUCUACCUUCGACUCCGUAUCUCUAUCGUUUGAAGCAGAAUGUUAUCUUCAGUCAGCCCACUCACCUCUUUGCGGGUAUCUCGACAUAUAAUACCGCGCAACAAUCUUAUCCCCAACACGUCUCUCCAGAAUCGUCCUCUCCUCAUAUACCACUCAUGCUUCCCUCCUUCGAGUUCUGCCUCAUCCAUUGAGGCGCAUCUCAAAUCUGUCGGUGUCGUUUCCCCACAAUGGCGCUACACGAUGUACAGCACAACUCAUUUCCACAGUACAACUCACGAGGUACUGUGCAUCUCGUCAGGACGUGCAAAACUCUGUUUCGGAGGGGAAGAUAAUUCAGAGAGGGUGGAGACAGAGAUAACGAAAGGCGAUGUGAUCAUCAUGCCUGCUGGCGUAGGCCAUCGUUUGCUGGAUGACUUGGAUGGCAACUUUGAGAUGGUGGGCAGUUAUCCGAAGGGAAAGAAUUGGGACAUGUGUUACGGAAGGGAAGGAGAGGAGAAAAAGAUAGCAGGAAUAAGCGAUCUGGGAUGGUUUGACAGAGAUCCAAUUUAUGGAGACGAAGGACCAGUUCUAUCAUCAUAACUUUCGUUCGUCUGCAACCCGAGAUAGCUACAGCAUCAACAAACAUCUAGCCACGGGAAUCCUUGUAGUUAUCUCGCCUGUAUAAAUCCAUACUUUCGAAUU